GAGAAAGUGGAGGAGAUCAACCGAACGAUCGAUCGUGGAGGGAAGGUAGAUAAGGGGGGAAGCUAAAUGCCAGUUAAAAGAAAGGCGAGGAAGGAGGGUUAGAGGUGGAAAAGUGGUGGCGAUAGGAAGGAGGGAGGAAGGAGGCGGUGAGGAAGGGGAGGAAUGGGUGCCGGGAUGGGCAGGAGCGGCACGAGCGGCGGCUUCCUCGAGGCACUUCCCACGGGAACGCCGCUCCACGUGGCCAUGCUGGGCCUCGACAGCGCCGGGAAAACCACCGCGUUGUAUCGGCUCAAGUUCGACCAAUACCUGAACACAGUGCCCACUAUUGGCUUCAACUGCGAGAGAAUCCGUGGUGGCAUCGGGAAAGCGAAAGGUGUGAAUUUUCUCGUAUGGGACGUGGGCGGGCAAGAGAAAUUACGACCGUUAUGGAAGUCUUACACCAGAUGCACGGACGGUAUUAUCUUCGUGGUCGACUCGUGCGAUGCGGAACGGCUCGAGGAGGCCAAAAUGGAGCUGACCAGAACGGCGAGGAGCCCGGAUAACGCCGGUGUGCCCAUUCUGAUCCUAGCCAACAAGCAGGAUCUGCCAGGUGCCAAAGAGGUGGGCGAAUUGGAAAAGCACCUGGGCGUGCUGGAAUUGGCGGGGAUGCCGGGAAGCGCGUGCAUCAGAGUGCAACCGGCGUGCGCGAUCACCGGCGAGGGGCUUCACGAGGGUUUGGACACUCUUUAUCAGCUGAUACUGAAGCGGCGCAAGCUCGCGAAGCUGAACAGGAAACGGGCCAGGUAGGCCAGGGCCUCGGAGGACUGCACGUGCGUCUUCUGAUUUUGCAAGUCGCGGACAGUCUCUCCUCUGGGCACAGCCACGCCUUCCACGGUGUCUUCUUCCUCCCCGUCGCGAUGCCGCGACGCCGAGGUGCUCGAGUGAACAACGGAACGCGNCGUCAACGUCCCCACGAACAUUGCUCGCUCAUUGCCCGUGGACAAAGUCGUCUCGUUCGUUC